AUCUCCCGGAUAUUUCCUGGGUGCAUGACCAAACCGCCUCACAAAUGAGUGCUCGACGCUCCCCACCCCGCGUGACAAAAUGGCCCACAGGCCUCGCUUGCGCAUACAAAGUCUGAGCGCAGUCUGCAACCACAUUAAAAUUUUUAUUUCCUGGUGUGAUAACGUUUCAAUUUUGUGUCUCGGAACCGGGCGUAAAUAUGUUCCCAUUGUGAGAAUGUCUGUGUUAAUGUAACUCUGCUCUCUUAUGCAUGACGCAAAUAGUAAGGGAUCAGCGGUAAACGAGGCCACGCAUUGUCUGCCCCCCGCCCUCCCUCUGCUUGUCAGGAAGCAAGCUGAUUGGCCGAGGCCUAGCAAAGGGUGCCCGGGGAUCCAAAACUGCAGGCCGCACUUAGCUUACCGUCAAAAAUAAACCAAAACAAUAACAGACAAAACUGAGAAGGGGGAGAAACACCGAUAGAGUCAGAAGACGACGCUAUCAGAGGGCUUGAUUACCUUGAUGGAAGGAAGCACAUCAGAUAUCCUAUUGGUUGUAUUCUAGGGGUUUUGUCAUCAAAUGUGAAGUCUUUUUUCCAAGCAAAGACAUGGAUCAAGGAGGAGGGGUGUUGGAGCUACACACUCAGGAGCUGAAGAUGCCCCACGCUAUGAUCAUGCAAGACUUUGUUGCAGGAAUGGGGGGUCUGGCUCACAUUGACGGGGAGCACAUUGUGGUGUCUGUGCCCGAGGGUAUGCUUCUUUCUGAUGUGAUGACGGACGAGGGCAUCCUCCUGGAGCAUGAGCUUGAGGUGGAAGGCCUAGAGACUCAGGUGGUCCAAGGCCUAGAGACGGAGGUGGUUGAAGGCCUGGAGACAGAAGUGGUGGAGAGCUUGCAUGCAGAUGUUGAAGGCUUGGAGGCAGAAGUGGUUGAAGGGCUACAGACACAGGUGGUAGAGCUGGAGGCUCAGGUCGUCGAGGGCCUAGAGGGUGAGGUGGAAGUGGAGGGUCUGGAGGCGCACGUGGUGGAGGGCCUGGAAACUGAGGUAGAUGUUGAGGACCUGGAAGCUCACGUUGUUGAGGGUCUUGAGGAAGAGGUGGAAGUGGAGGGUUUAGAAGCUGAGGUUGUUGAAGGCCUGGAGGUAGAUGUGGAAAGUCUGCAGUCUCAAGGGGUUGAGGCCCAUGAAAUUACCACCGAAGACAUGGUGUCCUCAGAACACAGCGUGAUCAUGCCUGAGAACAUUCUGGGCUCAGAGGUUGCAAUAGAGGAGGCUCUGGACCAUCGUCAUCAUCAUCAUCAUCAUGUCCUGACUUCAGACCUCAUCCAGGACUCAAACCACCACCAUGAUGACAUGCCGGACCAGGUGUUUGUGGCAGAACUACUGUCUGAGCACCAGGACAACACUCUGGACCACCAACUUGUGUCAGAGGGCUUGAUGGUGACAGAGGCCAACUCUGAGACUAUAAUCCACGAACAGCUGCCAGCUGAGGCUGUUCCCCUGCAGACAGAUGAGGACGAUGAUGCAAGAAGCAGCUCCGAGGAUUACCUCAUGAUCUCCUUGGAUGAGGUGGGAGAAAAGCUAGACAUAGGAGACACUCCCCUGGAGAUCAGCACUGAGGUGAUGGAAGACAAGGAAUCUAAAGAAGAGGACGGCUCUGAAGUCAUCAAAGUCUACAUUUUCAAAGCUGAAGCAGAUGACGAUUUAGGUGGAACGGAGGUUAUAACAGAGGAUGAUUACCAGAAUGGCCAUCCUGACCUGGAAGCGGCAUCAUCAGGCAGACUGGGAGUUGGCCGUGACAAGAUGGUCUACAUGGCAGUAAAGAACCAUCCAAAAGAAGAAGAGGAUGAUGACGAUGACAGCGAUGAUGAUGACGAUGAUGACAUCGGUAAUACCAUUGAUCAGGUGAAGAAUGGAGCGGCUACACAAUUUCUGCAAAUCCGAGAGGGCCUGGGCGCCAACCGUGUCCUCAAACCUAAAACUAAGAAAAAGAAAAAAGGAGACACACGACAGUGUCAGACUGCUGUUAUCAUCGGACCAGAUGGCAUGCCUUUGACUGUCUACCCCUGCCACAUAUGUGGGAAGAAAUUUCGCUCAAGAGGCUUCCUCAAAUGUCAUAUGAAAAACCACCCGGACCACCUGCUUAAGAAGAAGUACCAGUGUACAGACUGCGACUUUACCACCAACAAAAAGGUCAGUUUCCACAACCACUUGGAGAGUCACAAGCUGCUGAGUCACAACAAUGAGCGCUCUCCAGAGUACACCGAGUACACACGGCGCUACCACGAGUCCAGCCCCCUGGGCUCUGACAAGCUCAUCGUCAAGGACCGGGAGCCCAAACUGCAUCACUGCAAGUACUGCGAUUACGAGACAGCUGAACAGGGCCUGCUCAACCGUCACCUCCUGGCUGUGCACAGUAAGAACUUUGCACAUGUGUGUGUGGAGUGCGCCAAAGGCUUCCGACACCCGUCAGAGCUGAAGAAACACAUGCGGACCCACACAGGCGAGAAGCCGUACCACUGCCCGCACUGCGAGUUCCGCUGUGCAGAUCAGUCCAACCUAAAGACUCACAUCAAGAGCAAGCACGGUGCAGAUCUGCCUUUCAAGUGCAGCCACUGUCCCCAAGCCUACGCGGACGCACGGGAACUCCAGCGUCAUAUAGAGAUGGUGCAAGGCCACAAGACCCACCAGUGCCCACACUGUGAGCACAAGAGCACCAACUCCAGUGACCUGAAACGACACAUUAUCUCUGUUCACACCAAGGACUUCCCUCAUCAGUGUGACGUGUGUGAGAAAGGCUUUCACAGGCCCUCAGAGUUGAAGAAACACGCGGAGACGCACAAAGGCAACAAGGUGCACCAGUGCCGGCAUUGUAACUUCAACGCUCCCGACACCUUCACUUUGAGUCGCCAUAUCCUGUCCUUGCAUACGAAGGACCUCCCCUUUAAGUGCAAGCGCUGCCGGCGAGGCUUCCGGCAGCCCGCUGAGCUGAAGAAGCACAUGAAGACGCACAGUGGUAGAAAGGUUUAUCAGUGCCAGUAUUGUGAGUAUAACAGUACGGACGCUUCUGGCUUCAAGCGCCACGUCAUCUCCAUUCACACCAAGGACUACCCCCACCGCUGCGACUACUGCACCAAGGGCUUUAGGAGGCCUUCGGAGAAGAGCCAGCACAUAGCCAGGCAUCACAAAGACAUGUUGAUGUAACGCCAUCGCACACACAAACACACUCCUCUUUCCCGAGUAAAUCUGUGUCACACACCCAGAGGUAAUUUUAGUGUAUUAACAAAGAAAUGACGGAUGUAUGGUGUUGAUGAAGACGACAACAUUAUAAUUGCCGUUCUGUGUUCUGUGUCGUAAUGGGUGUAAACCUCCUCCCCCAGGGGUAAUGCAAGAACACAUUUUAGAUGGGGGUGAAGUCUAAAAAAGACGGUGUGUACACUGAGUGGGACAGCUGUAAAUUGUGUUUUGUUUUGUUGCAGAAUCACAUAUGAACAUAUAUUCAGGGUCUCAAAUGUCUAUAUUUUUAUACCCACUCAGCUGAAAUGCUGCAAGAUGAUGACUGUGUCCUGUAAAACAGAAAGUGGUGCUUUGUGAACGUCAUGCCAGUUCUUCAGAUGAGGUGGAACGAGUACCAGAGAAGUUUUGCCCUCAUAGUACCAACUAGUAUCUCUUUUCCUUAUUAACCAGCUUUUACCCUGACAUUUGUUUUCAAUGUCAUCUGGUCUUAAAGGGGCAGGGCCAUUCAUGAGAUCAUAAAUGGUUUUGAGCAAUGUUGACACGCAUUACGCACCUUAAAAACUUAUUUCAGUAAAUCUAACACUUGACCUUUCCAUCACUUUGGAUUUUUCUACCAAGUCUGAACACUUGGUGUUACAUUAAAUUAAUCAUGUAUAAUAUAGGCUAUAUUCUGUUAAAUAUGUCUUAAAAGUUGAAUCAGUCUGGUCUGAUCAGCAGUGUCUAACAACGAGGAGAAGCGGUGCAGUUGGUAUUUUAGUAGAAUAUCCCUUUAGUGUACACAACACAUGUUGACACAGAAAUCUGCUAUUAUAUCUGCUAUGAUGGUUCCGAUUGUUCACAUGUCACAAGAACUCGACAGAUGGUUGGCUUCACAUUUGAUUCUCCCUGUAUUGGUUACAUCUGACGGCCACUGUAAGUUGCGUAUGUGUGACGUUACCUAUGACACAGAUGUGCUCUCAGCUAACCAUUUGCAAUCAUGCCUUACAUCUGUUGGUCUUUAUCCCUUAAGCACUGAUGAACACAGCUAAUCAGAAAAUAAGUGAUUUUUAACUCUCAAACAUGCUGUAUCAAUACCAUUCUCUCAGAGAUUGUGUGUUUGAGUCCGUGGAAAGCACUUUAAUAACUUUUUUUUUGUAUUUUAAUUACGUGUGUACAUAUAUAUAUAUAGAUAUAUACAUAUAUCUGUAUAUAUAUCUAUAUAUAUCUAUAUAUAUAUAAACCCUAGAAGAUAAACAAUUACAGAGCUUUGUGAGUUGGUAAAGGUAAAGAUUGUUUUGAGUGUUCUAGCAAGUGGGCACGAUCCAUCACUGCAUCAAAACUGAAUUGUCAUUGAAAGUGGUGGGUGAAACCAUUUAUUGUUUUGUUCUAUGGAUAAGUGAUUGGGUUUUGUGUUUUGUUUGUGCUCACUAACAAGUUUCCCAGACCCUCGUCCUACAGUCCUAAAUAACUCCACCCAAUCCCAUACACGGGAUUAUCCCCUUCAAGUCAGUGGUCAUCAUAUUGGCAUUAGUCUUUAAAGUAUGCACAUAUGCUGUCUCCAUGAAAUUAAUUGUGGUAUAUAUUAAAAAUCCCUGCAUUUCGUGUACCUUAGUCUAUAUUUUCUUUCAGUCUGAUUGUGGAUAAACUACUGGUGGGGAAGAACCAAAAUAAACAAUUAUCUUUUUA